CCUACUCAUCAACAUGAGGAAGGAGAGGUCCAGCUUCUCCACAUAAAUAUGAGCUUUGAGACAGGAGACACACCGUCUUCUCGGGACAUUCCUCCACACCUUGAGAAACACUCUGAGCCAGUUCUCCCAAACUGCAGCAGCUAUGACAAGUGAAAGCUUUCAAAGGGAGUUUCUGGCAACUCACAAUUCCUACAGGGCAAAACAUGAUGCCCCACCUCUGACCCUGAACUCAGAGCUUAAUAAUGCAGCUCAGAAAUGGGCGGAAAAGUGUCUCGCACAAAAUUCCCUGAGUCACAGUGACACUAAAGAUGGAGAGAAUGUCUUCUAUAUGUCCAGCUCUCGAGCCGUUAAUCCAACAGGAAAAGAAGCUGUAGACAGUUGGUACAGUGAGAUUGAGAAGUACAACUUUCAAAACCCUGGAUUCACAUCAGGCACUGGUCAUUUUACUCAGGUGGUGUGGAAAAGCACCACUGAAGUGGGUGUGGGCAUGGCAACUAAUGGCAAAACAGUAAUAGUAGUUGGGCAGUACCGUCCGGCUGGCAACAUCAGCAAUCCUGGAUUCUUCGAGAAAAAUGUCCUCCCAAUAGCAUAAAAGCUGUGCAUUUUACAGCUGGAGGAGAAGCGGCCUCACCAGGUAACAUCCCCAAAGAAGAAAGGAGAGUCUGCACACUCCUGUAGAUGAUGUGGAUCCCUGCAAUUUUAAGAUUUAAACAUGUAAAAAGAAAAUAAACCACUAUAUUUGGUCAAA